AAGUAAAACCUGCAACAAAGUGAUGUAUGCUGUCCGAGCCAUCUGUGCCUCCAAAGGCUCAUCGGUGGGCAUUUCUUGUACUUACAACAGUUAUGGAUGGAUCAUUUCAAAAUCCUGGUUCAGUCCUGGACUGAGUCACCAUUCGGGAUAUCAUAUGCAACCUGAGGACCUCAGUAGAGACCCCAGGUAUACAGGUCGCUUGCAGGUCUUUGACAAUGGGAAGGGACACACCACUUUGAAUAUCUCUGCGCUGAAUGAAAGCGAUUCAGCCCAGUAUCGUUUCAAAUUCACAACAGAAAUAAGUGGAUGGGGGAGUGCUGUACAUGGUACAAAUCUGACUGUCACAGCUUUACAGGUACAGGUGACUAGAAUAGCAGCCCACCAAUUUUACGUUGAGGCAGAUCUGAGGUGUCACAGCAGCUGCAGUGAAGCAAGUCGUCUUCCAUAUGGGUGGUUCAGGAAUGGAGAGCAAAUAAUCUCGCAGGAUAAAUCUUCUUAUAACCACUUUUUUCAUCUUGAAGACGAAAUCUCCUGUGCUUUAAAAGGACAUGAAGGAUUUCCCUCUCCUUCAGUGUAUGCUCCAAAGGUUACCUCAGUGUUGCUAAAUCCCCCUGGUGAAAUCAUGGAGAACUAUUCUGUUACUCUGACCUGUAGCACUGAUGCUAACCCAGCUGCUAAUUACACCUGGUACAAGAAGAAUGGAAAUUCAGACUUUCAGCCUUUCAGUGAAGAGCUGCAGCUUGUCUACAGUUCCAUUCAAUCCUCUGACUCAGGAGAGUAUUACUGUGCAGCUGAGAAUGAGCUGGGGAGAAGGGAAUCUGGACGCAUCAUCAUUAAUGUAAAACAUGCUCCAAAGCAUCCCUCAGUGUCAGUGAUUUCCCUUGACGAGAUAAUGGAGGGCAGUUCAGUGACUCUGACCUGUAAAAGUGAUGCUAACCCAGCAGCUACUAAUACCUGGUACAAGGAGGGCAACUCACUAUUUGAAGGAAAAGGAGGCAUUUAUUCUUUCACCUCUAUCAGGUCUAAGGACAGCGGGAUCUACUUCUGCAAGUCUGAGAAUAAGUAUGGUCAGAGGAACUCCUCAAGAUUACUUAUAGAUGUUCAGUACCCUCCGAGGCUUCCCACUGUGUCAUCAAGUCCAUCCUUUGAAAUAAUGGAGGGUAGUAUGGUGAACCUGACCUGCAGCAGUGAUGCUAACCCAGCAGCCAAAUACACCUGGUACAAGAUAGAUGAAAACACACCAAUAGCAUCAGGACGGAUCUUCACAAUCAACGACUUUGGCUCUGAACACAGUGGGAGUUAUUUCUGUGAAGCUCACAACAAAAGAGGAUGCCAUAACUCGACACUGCAUUUGGUUGUUGUUUCAGAUUCAAGGACUUCAGUAACUGUUGGAUCGCUCACUGUUAUUUUUCUGGUUAUCAUUUUGCUUGCCAUCUUCCUAUUGACAAGAAGAAAGAUGUCCUCAAAAGAAACCAACCAGACUGGAAAGAGGGCAGACAACAAAGGACAGCUUAAUAUGGAUUUGGUUUAUGAAAACGCUUCAGCAUCAGCACAUGGACAACCAGAUGAGGAGCAGGAAGAUCUUUAUUAUGCCAGCGUAGGCUUCUCAAAGAACAAGGAAGACCCUCUCUACUCUAACGUUGUGCAAGCUAAGCUAACCAGACCCACAAAUAAGAAGGAAAAAGACGAGGAUGAGGAAGAAGAUGAGGAUGAGGAUGAUGUGGAAUACACUAUGGUCAACGUUAAGAGUGCAAAUGCCAUUUCAGAUUUUUGAAUUUCACAGACUAAGAUGUCAGGAGAAAGUAGAAGAUUCGUCUGCACUGUACAGCACGAUCACCAAGUAACCAAGAGUACCAACACCAUAAAUUUGUGUGCUUCGUUAAGAAAUUAAAGAAUAUUUCUCUGGACCAUUCCAGUCAGUAGCAAAGAAUGAAUGGCACCCUGUCAAAAUGAAGAAACACAAAAACAAACUGAACUUCCUCUAUUGCAGUCUCAAGUUUAUUUGGGGAGAAUCUGUUUGCAUGUCUUGUGAUUCUUGCCAUAUUUGAUGUUUCUAUUUAAGCACUUGCUAUGCAAGUUUUUAAAAUACUAGGGAUCCAGCCGUCAAAGGAACUGCAGUUUUGAGUAUUUUAGCAUUUACUUCAUUUUUCAUCCCCAGAGGAAGGCACUUGGUUUAUACUCUGUGACACAACACCAUGGUCAUCCGUUCUGCUGGAAUGCCUUCAACCUGGUUAAACUGUUUGCUCAGUGCUCCAGGUGACAUGUGUAAAACUGAUAACUGUUUUAAAUGUGUUGUAAUAACCUCCAGCCUUUGAUAGAGUACAUGUAUCAGUUAUCUAGCAGGUUGUCAGUUCAUUAUGUAUAAAGCUCACACAUAAUUAGCUUACUAAGAAUAUCUUUUACACAAUAUUUAUGAACUUUCCAUGAAGUUUCUUUUUUUAAUAUCUCUUUUCUUAAUGUCAAAUAUUUCAUUGUAUAUUAUGCCUCUGUUCAUUAUCCUGAAGCUGUUGAAUCUAAUAUUUGAAAAGAAAUACAGACAUGAAGUUAUUAAAUUAUUUCCCCGAGCUGUAAAGAUUUUCAUGCAAGCUGAUCAAUAAUAAAUAUACCAAGAAACCAACA